GGGGGUAGUUGAGGGGUUGGACGCCAGAAGCUGGAGGGCGGGCAGCGGCGGGGCCAUGUCGGGCAGGAGGAGCCUUGGGGACCCUGAGUAUUUAACCAGGCGCAUCCCUCAGAAUCCCAAAUACCAGCAUAUAAAAACCCGCCUUGAUACUGGAAGCAGUUUGACAAAAUACACUGAGAAGUUAGAAGAGAUCAAAAGAAAUUACAGAUACAAAAAGGAUGAGCUGUUUAAAAGGCUGAAAGUGACCACUUUUGCCCAGUUGGUCAUCCAGGUUGCCUCUUUAUCUGAUGAAACCUUAGAAGUGACAAACGAGGAGAUCCACAAGCUGGAAGAUGCUGAUUCUGCUGCUCCACAUGCAGAUGCUGAAGUCACAGAAGGGACAAACGGGAAGGGAAGCCCUGAUGGGACACCCAGUCCAAUCCUGUUCCUGAACAACACAGGGGCUGGGGAAUCCUAUCGCUCCACACUGCAGAGUGUGAUAAGUGGUGUUGGUGAACUGGAUAUAGAGAAGGACACUCCAAAGAAAGAAGACACUGAUGCUAAAGACACACCUUAUCCCGACUGCCCCUUCCUGCUUUUGGACGUACGAGACCGUGACGCAUACGACCAAUGUCAUAUUAUUGGAGCUUAUUCCUACCCUAUCGCAACGCUGUCUAGAACCAUGAAUCCAUACUCAAAUAGUAUUCUGGAAUAUAAAAAUGCCCAUGGAAAAAUUAUCAUUUUAUAUGACAAUGAUGAGAGAUUAGCCAGCCAGGCUGCAACAACGAUGUGUGAGAGGGGCUUUGAGAACGUCUUCAUGUUAUCUGGAGGUCUAAAGGUCCUUGCACAGAAGAUCCCAGAAGGACUCACCACGGGCUCACUCCCUGCAUGUUGCCACAUAGCAGCUCCCUCUGGGUCUGCCCGGAAAAAGACCUCUCUGAAAGUGCCACUCACACGUGCUGAGAACAGAUGGAGGUUUUCUGAAGAUAAUCUCCAGAAGAUUAAAUACUACCUUGAAGAGGAGCACAUUCCUUCAGACACUGCCAGCCGCUUUAGCCGUGGUUCUUCAGGACGUGAUUCCAAGGCAACAGCCGUGAGGAGCAGCCCCAGCCUCCCCAGCACUGCUGGCAACGGGGGAGCCCUCACUGCCCGCUCGCUCGGCAGGAGCAGCAUCCAGAACAGGCCAUGGAAAUAAGCAGCAGUGUCUUAUGCCACCGAAUAAAUCAAUGUCCAGGUUCUGGGAACCCUGAGCAGUGCAGCCCGUUUGUCAUUUUAGGAAUCCACAGAGAGGAGCAGAGGUGGUGCGUAAAUGGCAGCUCGGGUAAGGCUGGGGGAGCUGCAGUGCUUGAUGUUUCAUAGGAGCAGGAUCAGAAUCACUUCAGCAAGGCUGAUCUUUAGGUGCUGUGUCAGGACAGAGUUGAUAUAACUCGUUUUGUAGGGGAGGGAACUGGUAGUAAAGCCUGUGACCACUAGAAACGGUUCUGUAAAGCUUUUAUAGAUCAGAUGAAUGAAUUUGUGUCUGUAACAUCCUGUGCCCUGAACCACAGACUGAGUGAACAGGAGAACACAGGUUCUGUGAUUCUAGGUGGAGGUAAAUGGGCCAGAAAUCAUCUGUGAGCAAAGUCUUUGGUGUCUUGUAGCAGUGACACAGACAUUCAGCAUCUUGCCAAAACGCUGGAGAGAGGAUUCCGUGAGUUAGGUGUUAUUUUGUUGUUGGUUUUCUUCAUUUAUGUCAAUGCUCAGAAGUAUUUGUAAUAGGCCAGGCUGGAGCAACCUGCUCUAGUGGAAGGUGUCCCUGCCCGUGGCAGGGGGUUGGAACUGGAGGAGCUUUCAGGUUCCUUCCAACCCAAACCAUUCCAUGGUCAUAAAGAUGGUUUUGGAAGUAAGUCCCAGCGUGGCGCUGGAACCUGAGUGCCACGUUUACUCAUGGCCACCUUGUGAAACACUUCUGGAUAUUUAAAAGUGAGCUGGAGGAGACAGUAACUGUGUGUUCCCUUUUUUCUCCCUUAUUGUCUGCAAAGUUUGGCUUCUCCCUCUGCUUUUCCUGCUUUGUUCCUUGCUGUGGUUACGCAGAGCAACUCUGUGGUGGUUUUGCUUCUAAAUGAGAGAAUAAGGCUGCCAGAUGUGCUGAGCAGGGCUUUAGCUGACAUGUCUUAGGGUAAAAUCAUCUGCUGUGCCUCUCUUCUGCCUCUGCAGGCAGAGCUUUGGCUGCACACUGGUGGUUUGCUCCUCUUCCUACUUGCCAGAGCAGGUUGCUGGUCCCUGGAGCUGCAAAAGGCUGUGAUAUACAUGGAGGAGCCAGACACUCUUCUGCUGACAAGGCUGCACACCCUAAUGAUCCUACAGUGGAGGUUAGGAGGCAGAACAUCACUUUGGUUCGUAAAAUGCUUUUGUGAUACUUGGAAGCAAACUGUAUCCUUCAGUGGAGCAGCAAAGCAGCUCCAGCACCUGGCAGAGGCUGGGAAUUUCUUCCCACUUACCCCCUUGCCAGUGGUUUUGGAGCAGCAGCUUUAAGGUUAGAGUGGCUGAAGGGAAAGGUGCUUGUGCUGUCUCACCUAAAACUCAGCAGGGACCUUGAAUCUGGUAACAGAGCAGGGUGUAUCACAGUGUUCAUCACAUCAGUGCUUUCACCAUGCCAGUGUCGCUGAGUGACCUAGGAAUGAUCUGAAUCUACCCAGUGUUGCCCAUUAGAGCUGUUGCAGGUGGUUUUGGAGAGCUCCUGCUCUCCAGCUCUCACCUACGGUAUUGCUCAGCUUGGUCCAGCUUUGGCUUCUUGGUCUGGUGGGUUUUGUGUGUGGCUUUUUGGCUUCCAGUGGUGUUUCCCCUCUCCUUUUUGGUGUAGACAAUCUUCAACAGCCCCCAGUUCCCAGUGGUGCAGAUCACCAGGGAAUGAUCCUGGUGAAAGGGCAAAGUGAGAGGAAUGGCACAUGGUUUCCAGCGUGGCAGUGGAAGACUCAACAUCCCUGAGCACAUUUAUCAUGUUUAUUGUGUCUCUGAGUCUUAAAUCAGGGGAGUGCUGAUACAAGGAGUCUCAUUCUAAGAGCCAUAACCUCAGUGUUCUCCAGGGAAGAGUGAGGUGAGCACAAACCUCUGAUGCUAUUUUGGGAUCCCUCAAAGGGAGAAUAAGAGAAGAAAUCAAGGGGCAUAGGGCAGAGCCAGCAUUUAAAAUGUGCUUUAAAGUACUUCAAAGACCUGCAUGCCCCUUUGUGUUCAAAUAUACACCUUUAUUUUUCUACAUGUAACAAAAUCUGGUUCCAGGGAGGUGACUUAAAGCUCCCAAAGCUUCUCAAGGAAGUCUUUUUGGAUGCUUUCAAGUUGUACAAACAGCUCUAAUGUGUGCAAACUACACUUCCAACCCUUCCACUAAGGAUCACACAUGUCCUGGGUUUCCAUAGGGGUGUGUGUGUACUAGAAGUAUGUGUGUGUACUGUAAGUAUGUACUAUAAGAGUCAGGCUGGUGAGGUGUGAAGAUGAUAGAUACUAAUGGAUCUGGUUGUGUCUUACUUCAGCCCAUCUGGAUGGAUCUUGCUGUCUUACCAACUGCUCUGCUCUUACCUUCCUGCUCAAUCACACUUCUGGAACACAACUUGUUGUAGGUGUGUUGAUUUCAAAUGAAGUAUCUCAUCCCCCUUUUGGCUUUUUGUGAAGCAGCAGCAUCACUUCUUGAGAGAAAAGUGUUUAAAUGGUGUGAACCCAGAGCAGGAGCUGCAGGGAGCUGGGCUUUGUCCACACUCUUCACUCACAGCCUCAGGAAGCUGACUUAGGGCUUUAUUUACUGAGAGGUGAUGCUUUUAAGUGGCCUGACGCAAUAAAUAAAAGCUACAUAAAACUUCUAAAGGAGUUUGGUGUUGAAACAUCACAGAAAUACCACGUUUAGCUUUGAAUGUUGGGUUAUAACAUGGCUUAAUGAUGCUGCAAGGUCUUGAUGUCCUGAGUCUGCUCCUCCUUCCUGUAGAGCACCUUUACUACCUGAUUUAGCUGAGUGUGCACAGGAGAGGUGAGAGCCACCAGAGCCUGAAAGAGAGGGACCAGCACAGCACAUGGGGUCCCACCAGUGUGUGAGCAGGACUUUGAGCUCCACAGACACUUGGAAGUGUGUAUAAAAUGCUUCCACCUGGAACCAGAGCUGGGAAAGCCCUGAUUUUGCUGUGGGAGAUGGAUCCAAACUCCACAACUACUGGGGGGCUGUGUGAAAACCUCCUCCUGAAAUGGGCUGACCAAACUAGGCUGAGCUCUUUGAGAUCCUCCAGAUCCAGAACUGAAUGUACUUGCCUGUUGUCUCGAUGGAUUUGUAUGGUUUGGGGUCUCUUGGCUUGAUGUUCUUUGGAGGAUGGAGGCAAACCCUGGGAGUUAUAACUGUUUAAUUUAAUAAAAACUAAAUGACA